AUGAUCACUGAGCCAGCUCCACGAACCAUGAGGCUGUCACUGACACUGCUACUGCUGCUACUGGGGGCCUGGGCUAUCACAGGGGGCCUCGGGGACAAGGCUCCGCUCACAGCCACCGCCCCCCAGCUGGACGAUGAGGAGAAGUAUUCAGCUCAUAUGCCUGCUCACUUUCGCUGUGAUGCCUGCAGGGCGGUGGCCUACCAGAUGUGGAAACAUCUGACAAAGGCAGAGGCCAAACUUCACACCCCCAGGGGGCGUCAGGCACUGAGCGAGUCGGUAUACACAGACGUUCUGGAACGGAGCUGCUCCCACACCUGGCAGGACUACGGGGUUCGAGAAGUGAACCAGGUGAAACGUCUCACAGGCCCAGGGCUUAGCAAUGGGCCAGAGUCAAGCAUCAGCGUGGUGAUCACGGGAGGCCCCUGGCCCACCAGGCUCUCCAGGACAUGUUUGCACUUCUUGGGGGAGUUUGGAGAAGACCAGAUCUAUGAAGCCCACCAACAAGGCCAAGGGGCUCUGCAGGCACUGCUGUGUGGAGGCCCCCAGGGGCUCUGCCCAGAGGAGGCACCAGCCACAAAGGCAGAGCUGUAGUCCAACUCCUCCUUCUCUUGGUGACCAGCCCCUGAAGACGGUGGGGGCUUCUUCUGGAUCUGCCCACACCUUUCUCCAGGCUGCCUGAGGACUGCGAGGCCUUGCUCUGCUGUGCUACCACUCUCCCUCCUCCUCCAGAUCUGAAGAACUGGGGCCUGGGCGGGGGCCAAGGCCUUCCCCUCCGGAUGCAAAUAAAACUC